CGCUCUUCUUCGUCGGCUCCGUGCUGCCUGCCGCCGCCAUGGCCCAAGCUGACAUUGCACUGAUUGGACUGGCUGUCAUGGGCCAGAACUUAAUUUUGAACAUGAAUGACCAUGGAUUCGUGGUCUGUGCUUUUAAUAGGACUGUCUCCAAAGUUGAUGAUUUCUUGGCCAACGAGGCAAAGGGAACCAAAGUGGUCGGUGCACAGUCCUUGAAGGAGAUGGUCUCCAAGCUGAAGAAGCCCCGGCGGGUCAUCCUUCUUGUGAAGGCCGGGCAAGCUGUGGACGAUUUCAUUGAAAAACUGGUACCAUUGUUGGAUGCUGGUGACAUCAUCAUUGAUGGAGGAAAUUCCGAAUACCGGGAUACUACAAGAAGAUGCCGAGAACUCAAAGCCAAGGGGCUCUUGUUUGUGGGCAGCGGAGUUAGUGGAGGUGAGGAGGGGGCUCGCUAUGGCCCGUCACUCAUGCCAGGAGGGAACAAAGAGGCUUGGCCCCACAUCAAGACAGUCUUCCAAGCCAUCGCUGCAAAAGUAGGAACUGGAGAACCCUGCUGUGACUGGGUGGGAGAUGAGGGGGCCGGACACUUUGUGAAGAUGGUGCACAAUGGGAUAGAGUACGGCGACAUGCAGCUGAUCUGCGAGGCUUACCACUUGAUGAAGGAUGUUCUGGGCAUGGGGCAUGAGGAGAUGGCCCAGACAUUUGAGAAGUGGAAUAAGACAGAACUAGACUCCUUCCUGAUCGAAAUCACGGCUAAUAUCCUCAAGUUCCGGGAUGCUGAUGGCACAGAGCUGCUGCCAAAGAUCAGGGACAGCGCCGGGCAGAAGGGCACUGGGAAGUGGACUGCCAUCUCAGCCCUGGAGUAUGGUGUUCCUGUCACCCUCAUUGGAGAAGCUGUCUUUGCUCGGUGUUUGUCCUCUCUGAAGGAGGAGCGUGUUCAAGCCAGCAGAAAGCUGAAGGGUCCCCAGAAGGUCCAGUUUGGAGGCAAUAAGGAGUCCUUCCUGGAGGACAUUCGCAAGGCCCUCUAUGCCUCCAAGAUCAUCUCCUAUACUCAAGGCUUUAUGCUGCUGAGACAAGCAGCCACCGAGUUUGGCUGGACCCUGAAUUACGGUGGCAUUGCCCUCAUGUGGAGAGGGGGCUGCAUCAUCAGAAGUGUAUUCCUGGGAAAGAUUAAAGAUGCAUUUGAUCGAAACCCAGAACUUGGGAACCUACUGCUAGAUGACUUCUUUAAGUCUGCGGUUGAAAAUUGCCAGGACUCCUGGCGGCGGGUGGUCAGUACUGGGGUCCAAGCAGGCAUCCCCAUGCCCUGCUUCACCACUGCCCUCUCCUUCUAUGAUGGAUACAGACAUGAGAUGCUGCCGGCCAACCUCAUCCAGGCUCAACGGGAUUACUUUGGGGCUCACACCUAUGAACUCUUAGACAAACCAGGACAGUUUAUCCAUACCAACUGGACAGGCCACGGUGGCAGUGUGUCAUCUUCUUCGUACAAUGCGUAGUAGGCCUACGGCUCUCAUCCUCCCUCCCCCUCAGGACAGUCCCUGUGCCAAAAGCACUCCUCAUGGCCCUUUGUCCUAUUCCUGCUCAGAUCUUUUAGCCAAGUGUUGGCUUUGGCUCCUAACAGGUCACACACAGUCUGUUGUACAGUAGUUGUGAGCCACUGUGCCCUCUGCCUCAUCCUCUUGAGCUGCCCAGGAACUGACCUUGUACACAGCAGCGUGACUGCCCCCUGAUGCAGCUGUGCCACUCGGGUCAGAGGCUGCAGCACUUGGCACACAGGAGAAGGGUUUGUGGCACUGUUUUAACUGGAACCUUGGAUAGUGCAAGAGAGUUCUGUUUCUUCUACUCAGUGAAAAUCAUGGUGGUUCUUGGUUGAGUCUUACCGCUCCAAGCUGUGAUGAGCUGAUUUUUCUUUUAGCCUUUUUCAUUUUUACCUCUGGUUGAUUUUGUUUUAAGAUUCCCAAUAACACAGGACACACUGAGUUGAGGGUAAUGAUUGAGUCUGGCGGGAGGGUGAAGAGGAAGUUCUUACUGGGCACAGUGGGUACUCCGGUGUUCAUGUGAUGUCCGCCUUGUCACACACUUCAUAAUAAACUUUUUAAACACA